CUAGUGCAGCAGUGCAGCUAAAAAGAACAGACCCUUUGUAUAUGAGGUCAUUUAUUCGAUUAAAAUGACAAAUAUCUGAUUCUAAGAUCUCGAGAUAUGUCAUCAUCCUAGUCACUGCAAUUCCAUUUUCGAUUAUGCAAUCAUAAAACGAAAUUUAUUCCGAGGAGACAGAUUUUUAUAUAUAUUGAGAAGAUUAGGUUAGAUUUACAGCUUUAUUUACAUUUUCAAUCAACUACAGUCUAUCUUUAGACAGAGGAAAUAUAUACAUCAUGGAACGUGGAAAAACUGGUAUUGGUAGGGCAGUGAAAAGUAAGAUUGCUCAACAUCCUUCCGAUCUAUUUGCACUGGGAUCAAAGAGUUCGCGAAAUGAAAAUUCUGACUCUAAAACCAGACCAGGUGUUAUUCAUCCAAAACCAAGUGGCAGUUCUACAAGUUCUGGUAAUGAUCGGAAGAAAGAAGCAUCUUCUGGAUCACUCCAAUCAUUUCCUUAUGUUCCACAAAAGAAGCCCAAGUUAGCUCAUGUUGGUUCCCAUCAACGACAACCUUCUUCUAGCGCAGAAGCAUGGGAAGUUUUAGCUAUAGAUAUCGAUCCUGCAGAUUUUGUGCCUAUGGCACUUGAAGCUAAUGACAAUGAUGAGGCUGAUAAAGUUAUUGGAAUAAUAUGUGGCGCUGUUAAAACAUUGAAAAAUCAAAAAUGGAAACCUGAUACAUUAAUUUAUAUGGGCUUAUUAUAUCUAGCAAAAAUUCGCCCAUCCAUUUUUUCAAAUGAUUGUGUAUUACAUGCAUUGUCAUCUCUUUUAAAGAGAGAUCAGACUUACAAUUUCAAGAGUAAAGGAAAUCCACUGGUUCCAGUACUAGCUGCAAAUCUUUUAAUGAAAGGAUUUCAUGACAAGAAGAACUGGCCAGAAGUAUUUGUGAAGUUAUACAUUGAGGAUGCACUAGGUGAACGCUUGUGGAUCGAUCAUGAGGAAUGCAAGGGUUUUGUUGAUAAUAUACUGACUGGAUUUAACACAAGGCAUCCGCCUAAGUCUGUAUUACAGCCAGAAUUCCCUGUAUUGAUGCAACGAGAUUGUCACAGUCCGUCUACAGUGGAUGACGAAGAUCUGGCAGCAUCAACGAUGUCAUUGUCCGGGGAUAAAGAAAAAAUAGAAUUUCCAGUGGGUCCACGGUAUGCGCAUUGCGUGGAAAACAUAGAAUCAAUAGUGUUGGAAGCUGUAAAGGAACAAUUAAAUAGACGUCAAGCUGAGACCAUAACGAGAAAUUUCUUAAAGCUGCUCUCCUCAGCGUGCGGUUUUGUUGAGAUCAGAAACAUUGCCGUUCCUAGAUUAGAAGUGUGGCUACAUAAUCCUAAACUAAUGAGACCAGCACAGGAGUUACUUAUUUAUAUUUGUUAUAAUUGCACGUCUCACACUCAAAGAGACGUCGAAGUCAUAAGUCAGUUGGUGAAAAUGAGAUUGAAAACGAAAGCUGUAAUUAAUUUGUAUUUAAAUGGCGUCAAGGAACUUAUCGGAUUACAUCCAGAGAAUCUAGCUACUAUAUUGAAGCACACGAUUUAUAACGAAUUGUCGAAUGCACGCAAUCCAAACAACAUGCCAAUGUUGGCUAUAAUGUUUCAAACUUUACCCGAGCAAGCGGCAAAAUUACUCGCAGAGAUUUUUCAAGAUUUGUUAAUGAACCGUGAAGAUUAUUUAAGACCAUUACGUGCAUUACUUAGGGAAAUCGUGCGUGUAUGUCGACAUGACAUCAAUCUUAUCGCUUUUGCUCGAACGUUAAUGGCCGAGAGACCGGACAUAGCUCAACAACUGCUAAAUUUCGAGUUUAAAGAUCGUAUGUUCAUGUCGAUAGCGGAUCUACUUUGCCUAUGUAUGCUCCUGGCUAUAAGUCCACAAGUGAAAGAAGCGGCGACAUUGUCACAACGCGCGGAUAAGAAAGACGUAGCUUUACUGCAUCAAUUCCAAAAUCUCGUAGCCAUGAUACAAUACGAGGCUAUAUUGUGGCUGCAAAAUUUGGCGCAGCAGGUGUACGCCGUAGGACGAAACGAAUUGUUGCAUGCAAUGCAUAAGAUCUUGCUUCUAGAAUCUCCCGAGCAGUAUUAUAAACUGGAUAAUUGGCCACCAGAAUCGGAUAGAGUGUUCUACAUACGGCUAGUAUCCGACGUUCCUCUGUUGCAAAGUACAUUGUUGAGACUGCUAAUUAUCGGUUUUUCGAAGGACAAUGGCAUUACUCAUUCGGAGACGUUGGAUUUGACUGAUCAAUUGAUACGGCGAGCAGCGGCUAAUUCGACAGAAAAUUUUCCAAUGUUACAGAUCGAAAAAAUGGACAUAAUUGAACUUAUUUUUAAUCUCUGUAUUUAUCAACCACCAGGAACAAUAAAUAUACCUGCAGGAUAUGUGCCACCAACGUUGGCGAUAGCUAAUCUCUAUUGGAAAGGAUGGAUAAUGUUAUUAAUUUUGGCUGCUCAUAAUCCAUCCACAAUUGGUGCACUAGCAUGGAAACGAUAUCCUAUAUUGAGAACAUUAAUGGAAAUGUGUAUUACGAAUCAUUUUUCGCAUCCACCACCGACAAUGGCUUUGCCAGAAAUCAUGGAACAAGAACGCGCAAAGGAACUGCAAGUCGAAGCUAUCGAAAAACAAGAGAUAUUAGAGUAUGAAUCACAUUUGGCUGCUGCAUCGAGUAGAAUCCAGUUAUCCGAACAGAAUAGUUUUCUGCUAUCACAAUUGAUCACUAUGGAUCCGACUGGAAUCGCUAGAAGACCACCGCCGGCCGUUCUCGAACAGAUACAGUCAUUGAAUACGUCACAUAGAUUGGGUCACCUGCUUUGUCGAUCACGUAAACCAGAUUUUCUAUUGGAUAUUAUUCAGAGGCAACAGCAGAGUACAUCACAGAGUAUGCCAUGGUUAGCGGACUUGGUGCAAAACAGCGAAGGUUCUCUGAGUCAAUUGCCGGUACAAUGUCUUUGCGAGUAUCUGUUGUCGACUAGCUCGCAAACGGUCGAAAAGCAGCCCAGACAACAACAACUGCUAGCGCAUCUUCAGACACUGCUGACUGAUCCGAAUCAGGCUCAACAACAUGCUUACGAAGUCUUGGAAUAUUUCUUGAGGAGAUUAAGUAGCCAGCAAAGUAGUAGCCGCGUCCAAGCGAUUACCGGAUUAAAAAUGGUUCUGGACUCGAUACCAUUCGAGGACGAGAGCAUGGACAUAGACGGAGAAAACGAAAAGGAGAUGUGGCUUCUCCGAAAAUUACCAUCCAUACCUCAUUUCUUGUCGAUACGUUCACUGGUUUCCACGGCGUUGCGUGGCGCUUGUCAAGUCGAAAAUAGUCCCGAUCUCGUGCACACAUACAUAUCAUAUCUUGCCGCGCAUACCAUCGACGACGAUUUGCCCGAUUUAACUGACUUGGCGAACGAAAUCUCCCAAUUGGUCGUUGAACGUAGUACUAUUAUCGCGGCAAUAUUACCUCAAUCCGAAAACGAUAAUCGACAGGCCAAACAAACGUUACACGCCUUUAUGGCAAUCUUCUGCAAUUAUCUUGAAAAAGCACGAUCGCCUAGAGGAGAGGCUUACCAAUGGUCCGAAAGUCAGGAUCAGAUUCUAGUGCAAUGGAGUAAUGGCGAGGAGUGCACUAUGCAUAUUUUAGUGGUGCACGCCAUGAUAAUACUAUUAACAUAUGACACAUCCGAGGAUGAUCCAUUAUUUAACAACUUAUUAGAGACAUGGUUUCCACUGACGGAGCAACCAAAGGCCUUCCUUGUUGAUACUAGCGAAGAAGCACUACUCAUACCUGAUUGGCUUAAGUUACGAAUGAUCAGGAGCAAUGUGCCGCGCUUAGUUGAUGCGGCACUAAAAGAUCUCGAACCGCAGCAGCUAGUACUUUUCAUUCAAAGCUUCGGAAUACCCGUAUCGUCGAUGAGCAAACUGCUUCAUACUCUUGAUGCUGGUGUGCAGAUAGAUCCGAGCUCGGUCGGUGAAGCGGUGUUGGAUAAAACAUACAUGGCACAAUUGGUCGAGGUGCAACAUCGAAGGGGUGCCACGGGCGGAUUGGUGUUCGUACAGGUGUUACAACUGCUAGAGCCGCAAUUACCGGAUGAAAACAUCGUGCCUAUCAAUAAACUGCAACAGUCAUUGCCAGCUAGUGCUAUGGUGCAGAAGCAAUCCGUUAUACAGUGCUCCGUGAAGACUGACGUGCCCCACUUGAUAAAUCGACUGUUCAUCGAGAAUAUUCCGAUGAAUCAGAAAAUGGACGCGUAUCGACGUUUGCAUAAGACUUUAGCGAAGGAUCUGCAAAGAUCAAACGUGAAGGAGAGUGGCGCCGUGGUAUUAGCGAUACAACAUAUCUGCAGCGUUUUGAGCUCUAUGCAGGUCAAGCAAUUCUUGGCCUCGCUCGUACAUAUGCCGCAGUAUUCGUGUACGCUAAUGCGCGUGAUAUUGCUACCGCUGAAGAGACCGUCGACAUCGAAGCACGUGGUCGAAUUGGCGCGCAACAUGUGUCUGAAUCUGAUAUCACUAAUAGGUGAAGUAAAAGCGCCGGUUCUGUCGAUUCUGCGGGACUUCGCUAAUGUGCGGUCAAUGAAGACACCGCAACGCGCGGAACUGUCGAUGCUAAUGCAAAGUCGCGGCGAAAGUCCUGGCACGAUCCUAGAGAACACCGAUCCCGUGAAUCUGGAGAGUGUCGGCCGUAAAUUGUUAGAUUUAUGUCUGAAACAACAGAAGAAUGAUGUCCUGGUCGAAGCCAUGGCGAAAUUAUUGGUCAGCGAUAGUAAUGAAGGUGCGUUGAAACCUCGUACAGGCUUGUUGAUAGACUGGUUGGCCUCUAUGGAGCCCGAAUUGAUCGGUACUUGUCCCAAUCUUCAAAUGAAACUUCUAUUUGGAAAGGCGAAAGUGCAUAUAAAUAUCGAUAAGAACGUCGUGAGUUCGCAUUCCUGCAGACCUUAUCUGCUAACGUUGUUGACACACAGAGCAAGUUGGGCUACUUUGUAUAAAUGUGUCGGACAUUUGUUGGACAAAUAUGACGAUGGAUACGAUCCGACCGCAGUUCUGGAUUUCUUAUGGGCACUGACAUGCAAUCCCAAGUUAUGGCAAGGUCGAGACAAAUUUACACCGAAGCAUUACGUUCCUGAGAAUAUUCUGUUGUUGCAGAAAUGGCAACUACUUAAUCUUGUGGCAUAUCUAGUGUCCGAAGCUGUUAUUAUCUGUAGCGUACAGAACAGAAACGCCGCUCUCGCAAGGAUGGAUAUUAGACUCGAUUUACUUUUACAUUGUAUAUCUACCGAAGAUGACUUGAUCUCCAGUGUAGUUAAUUACUUGGCGGACCGUAUAAUGGAUAACACGGACUUAGAUUCGGCGGAUAUGGCGCAUCAGUUUUUGCUACACAUGUACAUGAAAAUUCCGAAAGUCAUUUGCUACCUUGACACUUUCCAAGCGAAUAAAUUCGUUAAAGGAGCAAAGAUAACCGAUUGGACGGGUUCAGUGCUCGAUUGUAUGAGUCAUUGUUUAUUGACUGCACUGGCGGCAACUCCCAGACAGAAAUCCUGGAACGCCAAGUCCCAAGAAUUUGAACUCUGCGCGAGAAAAAUGGCCGCGGUACAUCCUAUAUUAGUCCUACGACAAUUGCCGAUGUUGGCGUCCUCCUUGAUGGGAAGAUGUUAUCUCGAUUUCAGUCAAUUUAGAUCCGGCCAUCAUUUAAAUCUCUUCACUCAAGUAAUGGGGCUACUGGAAUUGUUGCAGCCGCAUUUGUUUAAUGAGCAGCAUGAGAUUCCGUUGGAAAACACCUUAGAGAAUUAUUUUCAAUGCUUUCAGAAUUAUGGGCAUAUGAAAGAUCUCAGCUCAUUGUUGAACAGAUUCGUAUCAUUAUUACAGUCGUAUAUCUCACAUGAUCCACAACGAGCAUUGAAAUAUCUACACAAGCAUGCACAAGUUUUGCAUGAAUUACAGGUAAAUUAUCCUAACUUAGACGCUUUGAGAAUACUUGUAUCGGGAAUACCGAUGCCGAGAGAAGGAGAAGAUGUGGAUGACAUUCUAAUCACAAUAGCUCCCGUGCCACAUCGUUCGGAACCCGUUAUUCCAGAACACUGGCAAUCUCUACUGGGCACACUUAGUAAAUUAUAUGGUGAAGAUGUAUUCAAUGCACUUCAAGAGGUCGAGCAUGUGUCAUCGCGAAAGCCUUCGGUUUUGGAACCAAUAACGGAUAAUAUAGCGGAAUUGCUCGUAUCGCCUCAGGGUAAUAUUAGAACGCUUGCUCACACUCUACUCGCUAGAGCAUUAAAGCAUCGUCCUACACCGAAUGCGACUAUAUUAUCCGCGUUUCAAAGAUGUUUAGACAGUGACAGAGCAGACGUUCUUAUGUCAGCUUUGGAAAAAUUACCAGAUAUUGUAUUGUGUAUGCAAGAACAUGCUUUACCAUUGAUGCAGAGGGUAUUUGAGUUGGGAGUAAAUUCCAAUGUCAAUGCGAUGCCUUAUAUCACUAAAACUAUUGCUCUGUUAAAUACACAGCAAGGUUGUUAAUAUCAAAGAAUGUUAGUUUGUUAACUUUGUGUAAAUAUUAAG